AUGAUGAAAAAUGCAUAGAAAAACAAGCAUUUUAUCAAUUUAUUAUUGAUUGGAAUGGUUAUAAUAGGUACACUUAACACUUUAGUCUAUAAGUAUUAAAACACUACUAUAAUUGAUGGAGUAUCAUUUAUACACCCUUAUAUGCAAGGGUUAUGCAUGUUUAUAGGGGAAGCAAUUUGUUUAGUGUUUUAUUUCUUAUUUAAUAUGAAAGUUGAAGAGGAUCCUAAUAAAUAGAAUGGAGGGUUUAGAAGAUUGGCAAUACCAGCUUUGUUUGAUGUUAUUACAUCUUCUUUGUAGAAUGUCGCUUUGAAUUUUAUUCCAUCAUCUAUUUUCCAAAUGAUGAGAGGAGGACUUAUGAUUGUAACAGCAGCAUUUUCUAAAUUUGUGCUUAAGAAAAAAUUAUCAUUACAGCAAUCACUUGGAAUUCUGUUGGCUAUUUUAGGUAUUUUCAUUGUUGGAUUAUCCAAUUUUAUAUAUAGAGAAUAAUCAAAAAGUGAUUUCAGCUGGGAAAUCAAAUUGAUUUCUAUCUUGUUAAUUAUUCUAUCUUUAUUUACUUAAGCCACCUCGUAUAUUUAUGAAGAAAAGCUAUUUUUAUAAUACAACUAUCAUGUAUUCUAUGUUGUUGGUAUGGAAGGAAUGUGGGGUAUUUUAACUUUGGGUAUUUUGAUACCAAUUUUAAAUUUUAUUCCAUGUAAUUUUAGAGAUGGAUGUGUGUAUAGAAACGAUAAAGGUUAUUUUGAAAGCACAGAUCUAUUUUUCUAAUAAUUAGGAAGCGAUCUUUGGUUAACAUUAUCUGUAAUCUUGGGUAUAUUUAGCAUUACAUUGUAUAAUAUUUUUGGUGUUAAUGUCACAAAGCAUGCUUCAUCCUUGACUAGGAGUGUUGUAGACACACUGAGGACAAUUUUUAUUUGGGCUAUUGGGCUUGUAGUCACAGCUACUACAUCUAGGGUAUGGGAAAACACUUCUUAUCUGGCUAAUUUGAUAGAAUUAAUUGGGUUUUCCAUUUUAGUGCUUGGAAAUCUAAUUUAUAAGGAGAUUUUUAUUAUUAAAUAUCUUUAAUCUAAGAAUUAAGUUUUACUGGAAGAAGAUUGA